AUGUCGGAAAAGGCUCGAGGCUACUGGAGGGAGAACCCGCCUAGUUUUCCGUAUACCGCUCCGGCGAUAGUCGCUUCUAACCAUGACAGUGGAGAAUCUGAGAACGAUUUGUUGGGUCACAAGCGUGGACGUACCCACAUCAGCAGCGAUGGAUAUAAGUUCUCAGCCUCAAGGUAUGAAUUUUGCAGCGAUUAUGGAAGUAUAUCCGUGCCCUCGGAUGCGACUUCAGAAGAAGAAACCGAAAAAUUUCCUGAUUUCGUUGACAAUGGUUUCAAUGCCCACAAUUACCUCCCAGCUUCCAACGGUAGUCAACAGUAUCACGUCCCUCAAUACCUCCCACUUCAGUUGGCUGGAUACACUUACUAUCCCUGCAGCAGCCCCGAACAGAAGUCAACCGGAUAUCAAGUGGGUUAUAACUUCUAUCCCAGCGUGCCAUAUUUGCCACGUUAUUCUCCUUAUGUGAUGAAAGCGAGCCAUCAUCUCCCGAUGCUUGAUCAGGGACUUGGAAUGGGUCAAAAUGACGGGCUCAAUGGCAAUUUUAAGGAAUAUGAAUGUAAUAAACUCACGGGUCUUGCUGAUUCUGUUGUAUCUAUGGGCCGCCCAAAAAAUCCUUCAGCAGUGAAUCCAAAUGCCGUUGGGGCAAACCGUCACUUUGUUGGGGUUACUGAGACAAUGGGGCAAAAGGGAGGUGAUGUUCUUUCGUCUGUCACUCUGGCGACGUCCAUGGAACAUGAUCCUUCAUUCUUGACUGCACGAACUUUUCAGCUUCCAUCUGACCACAACUACGCCACGCAGCAUCAGAACCCAGCGCCAGCAGCGUCCCCGAUGACUGCGACCACUGCGAUGGCUGUCACAAUGUCAGCCGCACAUAACGGUCCUUACGGCUACGCUGGCAAUCCGGUCUGCUACCCACACGCGAUGCCGUUCGACAACGGGGCAAAGAUACAGCCUACCAACCCAGAUUUGGGGUUAUCAAAAUUACCAAUCAAGCGUGAUAGUUCCGGGAUCCCUUAUGCAGUGACCAAGCACGAGAUCCUGCAGUUUCUUGGUCGUAACGCCAGACCCUUGACACCUGAUUUAGGAUGCGCUGUGCAUAUUAUCAUGGAACGUUCGACUGGGAAGACUAUGGACUGCUACAUUGAAUUCCCAACUAAGGCCGAUGCGGAGUGUACGCUUGCUUGGAUCAACCGUGGUUUAGACACUUGCCAGACUCCAAAAUUGGGCAAUCGUCAUGUGGUAGUCAGAGCUAGCCAUCAGGACGAGUUGCUCAAAGAUCUCUUUCCGCGUGCCAAAAACAUUGAUUGGAGAAACGGUAUUCCUCAUGUGAGGGCUGGAAUAGAGAAAUAUUGCUCUGGAUUUCAGGGUUUUUUGACUGGAGAGGAAAUUUUCUGCACGGUUCGCCAUGCUGAGAUGCCUCAACGCUUCCCUUGGUAUGCGACCUACUUUUACACCGUGGAAGAUCGCAAUCAGAUUUUUUCUGCUACUCUUCGCCUGAUUCAUGCUUUGGUGCCGCAAGUAGAGCGAGGACAAACUAUUGGACUCGACUCGCGCCUUGUUUGGGAGCUACUAGAAGCGGGACUGCGCUGCCCUGUCUUUAAUGAUCGCCAGAAGUUUGUUCUCAAUAUUGCAGCCAAAAACUAUCGCGUGGCUGCAUCUCCCACUGCACGAUUCUGGCCAUUUGAUACACUCACCCGUAAGCCUAACGCUACUGAGGAACACGUCAUGCAAUAUGCUGAAUUGAUUGUAGCCGGUUCUGCUACCAAGAACCCUGGCACCUAUGUCCUGGCUAACACCUGGCAUCCUGUCAUGCAUGCAGGCUCUCCUUUUGGGAAGGUCUGGCUUGAGUGGGGCUGGGGAAACACCCAUCACAAAUGGCAGACCGCGGUGGACUAUGAAAUUAGUGUUUUGACACAGCUAAUCACUGAGGGUGUUAAGAGCAAACGUGGAACAGAGAGUCCUUCUCACUCUCUUCCAUCCUCCGCUUCGUCUCCUUCAGUUUCUGUUGACGGUCCUUCUUCGGUUGCGGGGCCUAUCUCUGAAAACAUUUCUCAAUCCGUUUCGCCCGCCAUGCUUCGUUACCCGGUUCGACAUACCCACAGCCUAAGCCGCCAGGCCAGGUCUGCUCCCAUCAAUUUCAUCCAUGACGCGUGUUCAACCAAUGUGCCAGACUGCAAAGAUGAUGCCUCCCGUUCUAAUCAGGCUAAUCGUCGCAAACCCUCCAACUCCUUUUCGGGAUUCGCUGAUACUUGCGUUAUCCCCCAUAACAUGUUUAGAGCGGUGGGUACUCGUCGCCGCACCCGCGCUGCAACCAAUGGAAGUCGUCAUUCUCCAGUGCCUGAGGUCGAUGAAGGCUGCUAUGAGCGAUCUGUAUAG